AUGACAGAACCCAAUGUGGCCACCACGAUUACAGGAAAACCAACAACCAAUGUAUCAGAACAAGACACAAGCAGUAUAUCAUCCCUACCUCCAGAACAAGGAGCAGGUCUAAUUCCAAAAACUAUUGCAAAUGAAACCACAAGCUUCACGUCUGUAAGUUCUCCAGGAACGAACACAGAAAGUACUUAUUCUUCCUUUGAAGCCAUAAUUUCUACAGCUGUGCAAGGAAUGACAAAUUCUACAUCAACAACUAAGCCUGUUGACAAACCAGAUUAUUCAUCAAUUACUACAUCAGAAGAGACAACAGGAUUCAUUAGUUCAACUGAAACAUCUACAGAGGAAACCUUUCUCAAAAAUAUAACAUCAGAACAGGUUACACAUACAGAAUUAUCAACAGCUGAUGUAAGAACAAUUUAUACUGUAAAUACUACUACAAAAGAGAGGACAACCUAUAAUGUAACCACUACUUCUGAUAUUCUCACUGAUGCUACACUUUCCUCAACAGCCCAUAAUAUCCCAAACCAAACAAGCUCUUUGCUGCAGAAAACCACAACUAUUACAGCAAACGAUAUGGAACCGGUCACCUCAGCUUCUGAAGUAACAUUUACAACAAAAGAAAAUAACACAUUUACAAAUACAGCUAAACCACAGACAAAAAAUACCCUAGCGACAGCCAAUUCAUCAGAAAAAACUUCAAGCAAUAUACCAACAAUUUCAGAAGAUGUAAGUUACGAUGAAAAAAGUACUCCAAUAAAAGCAACUUUAGCAAGGGUUACACCAGAAGUUCUCGCAAAUAGUGCAAUUACCUCGGCAUCCCAUGAUACCACAACUGCUGAAGUACCAGCUACAAUUCAAGAAAUCGGAAAUUCUAUAGUGACAACACUGGCAGAUAUAACAUCUGACUCUACAGAAAUAAAUACAUCAAUAAAAAAAACAGUAACUACAUCUGAAACACAGACAAAGGAAGGUUUCACAACAACCAUUACAUCUGAACCAAAUACAAACCAGAGAGGAUCAACGUUAUCAGUGGCCAUUACAAAUUUUUUUAAAGCCACUACUAGUAAGGAGCAAACAAGCUCAAACUUAGAUACAGAUCAAGAGGUUUUCACUGACAUAUUUACUUCCACAUCACAUGACACCACAAGGGCUUUAAAAGCUACGACCUCAACAUUAACCGCUCUACAAAAUAUGAACUCAAGUGAUAUUGCAGAAAGUAUUCUAUCAGAGAAGGUCAAAGAACAUUUUACCCAAGUAACAUCCGAUUCAGAAAGGGGUGUAACAAGUUCUUCUAUUAAAAACACUCCAUUACAGACAAACACUUUAAACAAUACUAGUAUUUUAGACGUUCUCACAAAAUUUGAAAGUACCUCUAUACCUCCUGAUACCACAGCUGGGGAGUUCACAACAUCAAUUGCUACAGCUGAGGUGCACACAAAGGAAGUUUUCUCAACAAUCAUUAGAUCAGAGCAGGUUUCUACAAGUAGUGAGUCUAGUUCAGAAACUACAAUCACAAAUAUUGUUACUAUGACUACUCCAAAGGUGACUGCAAGCGCCACAGACACCCUUUUGUUUACAUCUAAUGAUGCCACAACUGUUUCAGAAACCUCUGUCCCUAAAAGAACAACAUCCUCCACUUCAAACUCUGGGCCAAAUGUCAUUUCUCUUGUAGCAGAAGAAACGACAUCAUCAGAAACGUUAGUGGAAAGUUUAACAAUCUCUUUUGCAUCCGAACAUAAUGCAAGUACUAAAACUUCAGAUUCAGAAGGCCAUGUAACAAGUCCAUCAAUUACAAACAGUCCAUUACAGACAACAUCUUUAACCAAUACUAGUAUACCAGAGAUUCUCACAAAAUUUGACAGUACCUCUAUACCCCCUGAUACUACAGCUGCUGAGGUAACAUCUACAAUUCAAGAAAUUAAAAAUGUUACAGCCACCACUUUGGAUGGUAUAACAUCAGGUUCUAUAGAAUCUCAAACAUCAGUGGAGUCCACAACAUCAAUUGCUACAGCUGAGAUGCACACAACGGAAGGUUUCUCAACAAUCAUUACAUCAGAGCAGGUUUCUACAAGAAGUGAGUCUAGUUCAGCAACAGCAAUCACAAAUAUUGUUACUAUGACUACUCCAGAGGUGCCUGCAAGCUCCACAGAUGAAUUUUCUUUUACAUCUCAUGAUUCCACAAGUGGUUCAAAAACCUCUCUUCCAAAGAGAACAACAACCUCUACUUUAACCUCUGGGCCUAAUCUUAACUCUAUUGCUGCAGUGGAAACUACGUUACCAGAAAAUUUGCAGGAAAACUUUACAACUUCCAUAACAUCAGAACAUGUUACUACAGGUAGAGAGUCAAGUUCAGAAACAGCAAUCACAAAUAUUGUUAGUAUGACUACUCCAAAGGUGACUCCAAGCUCCACAGACAUAUCUUCUUUCCCAUCCCAUGAAGCUGCAAGUGUUUCAGAAACCGCUGUUCCUAAUAAAACAACAACCUCUACUUCAACCCCUGGUCCUAAUGUAAUUUCUACUGCAUCAGAAGAAACUACUUUAUCACAAAAGUUGGUGGAAAGUUUUACAACAUCUUUUGCAUCCGAACAUUCUUCAAGCACUGUAACAUCAGAUUCAGAAGGCGGUGUAACAAGCUCAUCAAUUACAAACACUCCAUUACAGACAACCACGUUAAUCCCUACUAGCACACCACGGGUUCUCACAAAAGUUGACAUUAUCUCCAUACCCCCUGAUGCUACAACUGCUGAGAUAACAUCUACAAUUCAAGAAAUCAAAAAUUCUACAGCCACCACGUUGGCUGGUAUAACACCAGGUUCUACAGAUUCUCAAACACCAGUGGAGUCCACAGCAUCAAUUGCUACAGCUGAGAAACGCACAACGGAAGGUUUCUCAACAACCAUUACAUCAGAAAAGAUACCUACAAGUAUUGAGCCAAGUUCAGAAACAGCAAUCACAAAUAUUGUUACUAUGAAUACUGCAAAGGUGCAUGCAAGCUCUACAGAUGAAUUUUCUUUUACAACUCAUGAUGCCACAAGUGCUUUAGAACCCUCUCUUUCCAAAAGACCAACAACCUCUACUUUAACCCCUGGGUCUAAUGUUAUCUCUACUGCUGCAGAGGAAACUACGUCACCAGACAAUUCGCAGGAAAACUUUACAACCUCCAUAGCCUCAGAACAUAUUUCAAGCCAUGUAACAUCAGAUUCAGAAGUGGGUGUAACAAGUUCUUCUAUUACAAACACUCCAUUACAGACAAACACUUUAAACAAUACUAGUACAUUAGACGUUCUCACAAAAUUUGAAAGUACCUCUAUACCCCCUGAUACCACAGCUGCUGAGGUAACAUCUACAAUUCAAGAAAUUAAAAAUGUUACAGCCACCACUUUGGCUGGUAUAACAUCAGGUUCUAUAGAAUCUCAAACAUCAGUGGAGUCCACCACAUCAAUUGCUACAGCUGAGAUGCACACAACGGAAGGUUUCUCAACAACCAGUACAUCAGAGCAGGUUUCUACAAGUAGUGAGUCUAGUUCAGCAACAGCAAUCACAAAUAUUGUUACUAUGACUACUCCAGAGGUGCCUGCAAGCUCCACAGAUGAAUUUUCUUUUACCUCUCAUGAUUCCACAAGUGGUUCAAAAACCUCUCUUCCAAAGAGAACAACAACCUCUACUUUAACCUCUGGGCCUAAUCUUAACUCUAUUGCUGCAGUGGAAACUACGUUACCAGAAAAUUUGCAGGAAAACUUUACAACUUCCAUAACAUCAGAACAUGUUACUACAGGUAGAGAGUCAAGUUCAGAAACAGCAAUCACAAAUAUUGUUAGUAUGACUACUCCAAAGGUGACUCCAAGCUCCACAGACAUAUCUUCUUUCCCAUCCCAUGAAGCUGCAAGUGUUUCAGAAACCGCUGUUCCUAAUAAAACAACAACCUCUACUUCAACCCCUGGUCCUAAUGUAAUUUCUACUGCAUCAGAAGAAACUACUUUAUCACAAAAGUUGGUGGAAAGUUUUACAACGUCUUUUGCAUCCGAACAUUCUUCAAGCACUGUAACAUCAGAUUCAGAAGGCGGUGUAACAAGCUCAUCAAUUACAAACACUCCAUUACAGACAACCACGUUAAUCCCUACUAGCACACCACGGGUUCUCACAAAAGUUGACAUUAUCUCCAUACCCCCUGAUGCUACAACUGCUGAGAUAACAUCUACAAUUCAAGAAAUCAAAAAUUCUACAGCCACCACGUUGGCUGGUAUAACACCAGGAUCUACAGAUUCUCAAACACCAGUGGAGUCCACAGCAUCAAUUGCUACAGCUGAGAAACGCACAACGGAAGGUUUCUCAACAACCAUUACAUCAGAAAAGAUACCUACAAGUAUUGAGCCAAGUUCAGAAACAGCAAUCACAAAUAUUGUUACUAUGAAUACUGCAAAGGUGCAUGCAAGCUCUACAGAUGAAUUUUCUUUUACAACUCAUGAUGCCACAAGUGCUUUAGAACCCUCUCUUUCCAAAAGACCAACAACCUCUACUUUAACCCCUGGGUCUAAUGUUAUCUCUACUGCUGCAGAGGAAACUACGUCACCAGACAAUUCGCAGGAAAACUUUACAACCUCCAUAGCCUCAGAACAUAUUUCAACCCAUGUAACAUCAGAUUCAGAAGUGGGUGUAACAAAUUCUUCUAUUACAAACACUCCAUUUCAGACAAACACUUUAAACAAUACUAGUACAUUAGACGUUCUCACAAAAUUUGAAAGUACCUCCAUACCCCCUGAUACCACAGCUGCUGAGGUAACAUCUACAAUUCAAGAAAUUAAAAAUGUUACAGCCACCACUUUGGCUGGUAUAACAUCAGGUUCUAUAGAAUCUCAAACAUCAGUGGAGUCCACCACAUCAAUUGCUACAGCUGAGAUGCACACAACGGAAGGUUUCUCAACAACCAUUACAUCAGAGCAGGUUUCUACAAGAAGUGAGUCUAGUUCAGCAACAGCAAUCACAAAUAUUGUUACUAUGACUACUCCAGAGGUGCCUGCAAGCUCCACAGAUGAAUUUUCUUUUACAUCUCAUGAUUCCACAAGUGGUUCAAAAACCUCUCUUCCGAAGAGAACAACAACCUCUACUUUAACCUCUGGGCCUAAUCUUAACUCUAUUGCUGCAGUGGAAACUACGUUACCAGAAAAUUUGCAGGAAAACUUUACAACUUCCAUAACAUCAGAACAUGUUACUACAGGUAGAGAGUCAAGUUCAGAAACAGCAAUCACAAAUAUUGUUAGUAUGACUACUCCAAAGGUGACUCCAAGCUCCACAGACAUAUCUUCUUUCCCAUCCCAUGAAGCUGCAAGUGUUUCAGAAACCGCUGUUCCUAAUAAAACAACAACCUCUACUUCAACCCCUGGUCCUAAUGUAAUUUCUACUGCAUCAGAAGAAACUACUUUAUCACAAAAGUUGGUGGAAAGUUUUACAACGUCUUUUGCAUCCGAACAUUCUUCAAGCACUGUAACAUCAGAUUCAGAAGGCGGUGUAACAAGCUCAUCAAUUACAAACACUCCAUUACAGACAACCACGUUAAUCCCUACUAGCACACCAUGGGUUCUCACAAAAGUUGACAUUAUCUCCAUACCCCCUGAUGCUACAAUUGCUGAGAUAACAUCUACAAUUCAAGAAAUCAAAAAUUCUACAGCCACCACGUUGGCUGGUAUAACACCAGGUUCUACAGAUUCUCAAACACCAGUGGAGUCCACAGCAUCAAUUGCUACAGCUGAGAAACGCACAACGGAAGGUUUCUCAACAACCAUUACAUCAGAAAAGAUACCUACAAGUAUUGAACCAAGUUCAGAAACAGCAAUCACAAAUAUUGUUACUAUGAAUACUGCAAAGGUGCAUGCAAGCUCUACAGAUGAAUUUUCUUUUACAACUCAUGAUGCCACAAGUGCUUUAGAACCCUCUCUUUCCAAAAGACCAACAACCUCUACUUUAACCCCUGGGUCUAAUGUUAUCUCUACUGCUGCAGAGGAAACUACGUCACCAGACAAUUCGCAGGAAAACUUUACAACCUCCAUAGCCUCAGAACAUAUUUCAACCCAUGUAACAUCAGAUUCAGAAGUGGGUGUAACAAAUUCUUCUAUUACAAACACUCCAUUUCAGACAAACACUUUAAACAAUACUAGUACAUUAGACGUUCUCACAAAAUUUGAAAGUACCUCUAUACCCCCUGAUACCACAGCUGCUGAGGUAACAUCUACAAUUCAAGAAAUUAAAAAUGUUACAGCCACCACUUUGGCUGGUAUAACAUCAGGUUCUAUAGAAUCUCAAACAUCAGUGGAGUCCACCACAUCAAUUGCUACAGCUGAGAUGCACACAACGGAAGGUUUCUCAACAACCAUUACAUCAGAGCAGGUUUCUACAAGAAGUGAGUCUAGUUCAGCAACAGCAAUCACAAAUAUUGUUACUAUGACUACUCCAGAGGUGCCUGCAAGCUCCACAGAUGAAUUUUCUUUUACAUCUCAUGAUUCCACAAGUGGUUCAAAAACCUCUCUUCCGAAGAGAACAACAACCUCUACUUUAACCUCUGGGCCUAAUCUUAACUCUAUUGCUGCAGUGGAAACUACGUUACCAGAAAAUUUGCAGGAAAACUUUACAACUUCCAUAACAUCAGAACAUGUUACUACAGGUAGAGAGUCAAGUUCAGAAACAGCAAUCACAAAUAUUGUUAGUAUGACUACUCCAAAGGUGACUCCAAGCUCCACAGACAUAUCUUCUUUCCCAUCCCAUGAAGCUGCAAGUGUUUCAGAAACCGCUGUUCCUAAUAAAACAACAACCUCUACUUCAACCCCUGGUCCUAAUGUAAUUUCUACUGCAUCAGAAGAAACUACUUUAUCACAAAAGUUGGUGGAAAGUUUUACAACGUCUUUUGCAUCCGAACAUUCUUCAAGCACUGUAACAUCAGAUUCAGAAGGCGGUGUAACAAGCUCAUCAAUUACAAACACUCCAUUACAGACAACCACGUUAAUCCCUACUAGCACACCACGGGUUCUCACAAAAGUUGACAUUAUCUCCAUACCCCCUGAUGCUACAACUGCUGAGAUAACAUCUACAAUUCAAGAAAUCAAAAAUUCUACAGCCACCACGUUGGCUGGUAUAACACCAGGUUCUACAGAUUCUCAAACACCAGUGGAGUCCACAGCAUCAAUUGCUACAGCUGAGAAACGCACAACGGAAGGUUUCUCAACAACCAUUACAUCAGAAAAGAUACCUACAAGUAUUGAACCAAGUUCAGAAACAGCAAUCACAAAUAUUGUUACUAUGAAUACUGCAAAGGUGCAUGCAAGCUCUACAGAUGAAUUUUCUUUUACAACUCAUGAUGCCACAAGUGCUUUAGAACCCUCUCUUUCCAAAAGACCAACAACCUCUACUUUAACCCCUGGGUCUAAUGUUAUCUCUACUGCUGCAGAGGAAACUACGUCACCAGACAAUUCGCAGGAAAACUUUACAACCUCCAUAGCCUCAGAACAUAUUUCAAGCCAUGUAACAUCAGAUUCAGAAGUGGGUGUAACAAGUUCUUCUAUAACAAACACUCCAUUACAGACAAACACUUUAAACAAUACUAGUACAUUAGACGUUCUCACAAAAUUUGAAAGUACCUCUAUACCCCCUGAUACCACAGCUGCUGAGGUAACAUCUACAAUUCAAGAAAUUAAAAAUGUUACAGCCACCACUUUGGCUGGUAUAACAUCAGGUUCUAUAGAAUCUCAAACAUCAGUGGAGUCCACCACAUCAAUUGCUACAGCUGAGAUGCACACAACGGAAGGUUUCUCAACAACCAUUACAUCAGAGCAGGUUUCUACAAGUAGUGAGUCUAGUUCAGCAACAGCAAUCACAAAUAUUGUUACUAUGACUACUCCAGAGGUGCCUGCAAGCUCCACAGAUGAAUUUUCUUUUACCUCUCAUGAUUCCACAAGUGGUUCAAAAACCUCUCUUCCAAAGAGAACAACAACCUCUACUUUAACCUCUGGGCCUAAUCUUAACUCUAUUGCUGCAGUGGAAACUACGUUACCAGAAAAUUUGCAGGAAAACUUUACAACUUCCAUAACAUCAGAACAUGUUACUACAGGUAGAGAGUCAAGUUCAGAAACAGCAAUCACAAAUAUUGUUAGUAUGACUACUCCAAAGGAGACUCCAAGCUCCACAGACAUAUCUUCUUUCCCAUCCCAUGAAGCUGCAAGUGUUUCAGAAACCGCUGUUCCUAAUAAAACAACAACCUCUACUUCAACCCCUGGUCCUAAUGUAAUUUCUACUGCAUCAGAAGAAACGACUUUAUCACAAAAGUUGGUGGAAAGUUUUACAACGUCUUUUGCAUCCGAACAUUCUUCAAGAACUGUAACAUCAGAUUCAGAAGGCGGUGUAACAAGCUCAUCAAUUACAAACACUCCAUUACAGACAACCAUGUUAAUCCCUACUAGCACACCACGGGUUCUCACAAAAGUUGACAUUAUCUCCAUACCCCCUGAUGCUACAACUGCUGAGAUAACAUCUACAAUUCAAGAAAUCAAAAAUUCUACAGCCACCACGUUGGCUGGUAUAACACCAGGAUCUACAGAUUCUCAAACACCAGUGGAGUCCACAGCAUCAAUUGCUACAGCUGAGAAACGCACAACGGAAGGUUUCUCAACAACCAUUACAUCAGAAAAGAUACCUACAAGUAUUGAGCCAAGUUCAGAAACAGCAAUCACAAAUAUUGUUACUAUGAAUACUGCAAAGGUGCAUGCAAGCUCUACAGAUGAAUUUUCUUUUACAACUCAUGAUGCCACAAGUGCUUUAGAACCCUCUCUUUCCAAAAGACCAACAACCUCUACUUUAACCCCUGGGUCUAAUGUUAUCUCUACUGCUGCAGAGGAAACUACGUCACCAGACAAUUUGCAGGAAAACUUUACAACCUCCAUAGCCUCAGAACAUAUUUCAACCCAUGUAACAUCAGAUUCAGAAGUGGGUGUAACAAAUUCUUCUAUUACAAACACUCCAUUUCAGACAAACACUUUAAACAAUACUAGUACAUUAGACGUUCUCACAAAAUUUGAAAGUACCUCUAUACCCCCUGAUACCACAGCUGCUGAGGUAACAUCUACAAUUCAAGAAAUUAAAAAUGUUACAGCCACCACUUUGGCUGGUAUAACAUCAGGUUCUAUAGAAUCUCAAACAUCAGUGGAGUCCACCACAUCAAUUGCUACAGCUGAGAUGCACACAACGGAAGGUUUCUCAACAACCAUUACAUCAGAGCAGGUUUCUACAAGAAGUGAGUCUAGUUCAGCAACAGCAAUCACAAAUAUUGUUACUAUGACUACUCCAGAGGUGCCUGCAAGCUCCACAGAUGAAUUUUCUUUUACAUCUCAUGAUUCCACAAGUGGUUCAAAAACCUCUCUUCCGAAGAGAACAACAACCUCUACUUUAACCUCUGGGCCUAAUCUUAACUCUAUUGCUGCAGUGGAAACUACGUUACCAGAAAAUUUGCAGGAAAACUUUACAACUUCCAUAACAUCAGAACAUGUUACUACAGGUAGAGAGUCAAGUUCAGAAACAGCAAUCACAAAUAUUGUUAGUAUGACUACUCCAAAGGUGACUCCAAGCUCCACAGACAUAUCUUCUUUCCCAUCCCAUGAAGCUGCAAGUGUUUCAGAAACCGCUGUUCCUAAUAAAACAACAACCUCUACUUCAACCCCUGGUCCUAAUGUAAUUUCUACUGCAUCAGAAGAAACUACUUUAUCACAAAAGUUGGUGGAAAGUUUUACAACGUCUUUUGCAUCCGAACAUUCUUCAAGCACUGUAACAUCAGAUUCAGAAGGCGGUGUAACAAGCUCAUCAAUUACAAACACUCCAUUACAGACAACCACGUUAAUCCCUACUAGCACACCAUGGGUUCUCACAAAAGUUGACAUUAUCUCCAUACCCCCUGAUGCUACAAUUGCUGAGAUAACAUCUACAAUUCAAGAAAUCAAAAAUUCUACAGCCACCACGUUGGCUGGUAUAACACCAGGUUCUACAGAUUCUCAAACACCAGUGGAGUCCACAGCAUCAAUUGCUACAGCUGAGAAACGCACAACGGAAGGUUUCUCAACAACCAUUACAUCAGAAAAGAUACCUACAAGUAUUGAGCCAAGUUCAGAAACAGCAAUCACAAAUAUUGUUACUAUGAAUACUGCAAAGGUGCAUGCAAGCUCUACAGAUGAAUUUUCUUUUACAACUCAUGAUGCCACAAGUGCUUUAGAACCCUCUCUUUCCAAAAGACCAACAACCUCUACUUUAACCCCUGGGUCUAAUGUUAUCUCUACUGCUGCAGAGGAAACUACGUCACCAGACAAUUCGCAGGAAAACUUUACAACCUCCAUAGCCUCAGAACAUAUUUCAACCCAUGUAACAUCAGAUUCAGAAGUGGGUGUAACAAAUUCUUCUAUUACAAACACUCCAUUUCAGACAAACACUUUAAACAAUACUAGUACAUUAGACGUUCUCACAAAAUUUGAAAGUACCUCCAUACCCCCUGAUACCACAGCUGCUGAGGUAACAUCUACAAUUCAAGAAAUUAAAAAUGUUACAGCCACCACUUUGGCUGGUAUAACAUCAGGUUCUAUAGAAUCUCAAACAUCAGUGGAGUCCACCACAUCAAUUGCUACAGCUGAGAUGCACACAACGGAAGGUUUCUCAACAACCAUUACAUCAGAGCAGGUUUCUACAAGAAGUGAGUCUAGUUCAGCAACAGCAAUCACAAAUAUUGUUACUAUGACUACUCCAGAGGUGCCUGCAAGCUCCACAGAUGAAUUUUCUUUUACAUCUCAUGAUUCCACAAGUGGUUCAAAAACCUCUCUUCCGAAGAGAACAACAACCUCUACUUUAACCUCUGGGCCUAAUCUUAACUCUAUUGCUGCAGUGGAAACUACGUUACCAGAAAAUUUGCAGGAAAACUUUACAACUUCCAUAACAUCAGAACAUGUUACUACAGGUAGAGAGUCAAGUUCAGAAACAGCAAUCACAAAUAUUGUUAGUAUGACUACUCCAAAGGUGACUCCAAGCUCCACAGACAUAUCUUCUUUCCCAUCCCAUGAAGCUGCAAGUGUUUCAGAAACCGCUGUUCCUAAUAAAACAACAACCUCUACUUCAACCCCUGGUCCUAAUGUAAUUUCUACUGCAUCAGAAGAAACUACUUUAUCACAAAAGUUGGUGGAAAGUUUUACAACGUCUUUUGCAUCCGAACAUUCUUCAAGCACUGUAACAUCAGAUUCAGAAGGCGGUGUAACAAGCUCAUCAAUUACAAACACUCCAUUACAGACAACCACGUUAAUCCCUACUAGCACACCAUGGGUUCUCACAAAAGUAGACAUUAUCUCCAUACCCCCUGAUGCUACAAUUGCUGAGAUAACAUCUACAAUUCAAGAAAUCAAAAAUUCUACAGCCACCACGUUGGCUGGUAUAACACCAGGUUCUACAGAUUCUCAAACACCAGUGGAGUCCACAGCAUCAAUUGCUACAGCUGAGAAACGCACAACGGAAGGUUUCUCAACAACCAUUACAUCAGAAAAGAUACCUACAAGUAUUGAACCAAGUUCAGAAACAGCAAUCACAAAUAUUGUUACUAUGAAUACUGCAAAGGUGCAUGCAAGCUCUACAGAUGAAUUUUCUUUUACAACUCAUGAUGCCACAAGUGCUUUAGAACCCUCUCUUUCCAAAAGACCAACAACCUCUACUUUAACCCCUGGGUCUAAUGUUAUCUCUACUGCUGCAGAGGAAACUACGUCACCAGAAAAUUCGCAGGAAAACUUUACAACCUCCAUAGCCUCAGAACAUAUUUCAAGCCAUGUAACAUCAGAUUCAGAAGUGGGUGUAACAAGUUCUUCUAUUACAAACACUCCAUUACAGACAAACACUUUAAACAAUACUAGUACAUUAGACGUUCUCACAAAAUUUGAAAGUACCUCUAUACCCCCUGAUACCACAGCUGCUGAGGUAACAUCUACAAUUCAAGAAAUUAAAAAUGUUACAGCCACCACUUUGGCUGGUAUAACAUCAGGUUCUAUAGAAUCUCAAACAUCAGUGGAGUCCACCACAUCAAUUGCUACAGCUGAGAUGCACACAACGGAAGGUUUCUCAACAACCAUUACAUCAGAGCAGGUUUCUACAAGAAGUGAGUCUAGUUCAGCAACAGCAAUCACAAAUAUUGUUACUCUGACUACUCCAGAGGUGCCUGCAAGCUCCACAGAUGAAUUUUCUUUUACAUCUCAUGAUUCCACAAGUGGUUCAAAAACCUCUCUUCCGAAGAGAACAACAACCUCUACUUUAACCUCUGGGCCUAAUCUUAACUCUAUUGCUGCAGUGGAAACUACGUUACCAGAAAAUUUGCAGGAAAACUUUACAACUUCCAUAACAUCAGAACAUGUUACUACAGGUAGAGAGUCAAGUUCAGAAACAGCAAUCACAAAUAUUGUUAGUAUGACUACUCCAAAGGUGACUCCAAGCUCCACAGACAUAUCUUCUUUCCCAUACCAUGAAGCUGCAAGUGUUUCAGAAACCGCUGUUCCUAAUAAAACAACAACCUCUACUUCAACCCCUGGUCCUAAUGUAAUUUCUACUGCAUCAGAAGAAACUACUUUAUCACAAAAGUUGGUGGAAAGUUUUACAACGUCUUUUGCAUCCGAACAUUCUUCAAGCACUGUAACAUCAGAUUCAGAAGGCGGUGUAACAAGCUCAUCAAUUACAAACACUCCAUUACAGACAACCACGUUAAUCCCUACUAGCACUCCACGGGUUCUCACAAAAGUUGACAUUAUCUCCAUAACCCCUGAUGCUACAACUGCUGAGAUAACAUCUACAAUUCAAGAAAUCAAAAAUUCUACAGCCACUACGUUGGCUGGUAUAACACCAGGUUCUACAGAUUUUCAAACACCAGUGGAGUCCACAGCAUCAAUUGCUACAGCUGAGAAACGCACAACAGAAGGUUUCUCAACAACCAUUACAUCAGAAAAGAUACCUACAAGUAUUGAGCCAAGUUCAGAAACAGCAAUCACAAAUAUUGUUACUAUGAAUACUGCAAAGGUGCAUGCAAGCUCUACAGAUGAAUUUUCUUUUACAACUCAUGAUGCCACAAGUGCUUUAGAACCCUCUCUUUCCAAAAGACCAACAACCUCUACUUUAACCCCUGGGUCUAAUGUUAUCUCUACUGCUGCAGAGGAAACUACGUCACCAGACAAUUCGCAGGAAAACUUUACAACCUCCAUAGCCUCAGAACAUAUUUCAAGCCAUGUAACAUCAGAUUCAGAAGUGGGUGUAACAAGUUCUUCUAUUACAAACACUCCAUUACAGACAAACACUUUAAACAAUACUAGUACAUUAGACGUUCUCACAAAAUUUGAAAGUACCUCUAUACCCCCUGAUACCACAGCUGCUGAGGUAACAUCUACAAUUCAAGAAAAUAAAAAUGUUACAGCCACCACUUUGGCUGGUAUAACAUCAGGUUCUAUAGAAUCUCAAACAUCAGUGGAGUCCACCACAUCAAUUGCUACAGCUGAGAUGCACACAACGGAAGGUUUCUCAACAACCAGUACAUCAGAGCAGGUUUCUACAAGUAGUGAGUCUAGUUCAGCAACAGCAAUCACAAAUAUUGUUACUAUGACUACUCCAGAGGUGCCUGCAAGCUCCACAGAUGAAUUUUCUUUUACCUCUCAUGAUUCCACAAGUGGUUCAAAAACCUCUCUUCCAAAGAGAACAACAACCUCUACUUUAACCUCUGGGUCUAAUGUUAUCUCUACUGCUGCAGAGGAAACUACGUCACCAGACAAUUCGCAGGAAAACUUUACAACCUCCAUAGCCUCAGAACAUAUUUCAAGCCAUGUAACAUCAGAUUCAGAAGUGGGUGUAACAAGUUCUUCUAUUACAAACACUCCAUUACAGACAAACACUUUAAACAAUACUAGUACAUUAGACGUUCUCACAAAAUUUGAAAGUACCUCUAUACCCCAUGAUACCACAGCUGCUGAGGUAACAUCUACAAUUCAAGAAAAUAAAAAUGUUACAGCCACCACUUUGGCUGGUAUAACAUCAGGUUCUAUAGAAUCUCAAACAUCAGUGGAGUCCACCACACCAAUUGCUACAGCUGAGAUGCACACAACGGAAGGUUUCUCAACAACCAGUACAUCAGAGCAGGUUUCUACAAGUAGUGAGUCUAGUUCAGCAACAGCAAUCACAAAUAUUGUUAGUAUGACUACUCCAAAGGUGACUCCAAGUUCCACAGACAUAUCUUCUUUCCCAUCCCAUGAAGCUGCAAGUGUUUCAGAAACCGCUGUUCCUAAUAAAACAAAAACCUCUACUUCAACCCCUGGUCCUAAUGUAAUUUCUACUGCAUCAGAAGAAACUACUUUAUCACAAAAGUUGGUGGAAAGUUUUACAACGUCUUUUGCAUCCGAACAUUCUUCAAGCACUGUAACAUCAGAUUCAGAAGGCGGUGUAACAAGCUCAUCAAUUACAAACACUCCAUUACAGACAACCACGUUAAUCCCUACUAGCACACCACGGGUUCUCACAAAAGUUGACAUUAUCUCCAUACCCCCUGAUGCUACAACUGCUGAGAUAACAUCUACAAUUCAAGAAAUCAAAAAUUCUACAGCCACCACGUUGGCUGGUAUAACACCAGGUUCUACAGAUUCUCAAACACCAGUGGAGUCCACAGCAUCAAUUGCUACAGCUGAGAAACGCACAACGGAAGGUUUCUCAACAACCAUUACAUCAGAAAAGAUACCUACAAGUAUUGAACCAAGUUCAGAAACAGCAAUCACAAAUAUUGUUACUAUGAAUACUGCAAAGGUGCAUGCAAGCUCUACAGAUGAAUUUUCUUUUACAACUCAUGAUGCCACAAGUGCUUUAGAACCCUCUCUUUCCAAAAGACCAACAACCUCUACUUUAACCCCUGGGUCUAAUGUUAUCUCUACUGCUGCAGAGGAAACUACGUCACCAGACAAUUCGCAGGAAAACUUUACAACCUCCAUAGCCUCAGAACAUAUUUCAAGCCAUGUAACAUCAGAUUCAGAAGUGGGUGUAACAAGUUCUUUUCUUACAAACACACCAUUACAGACAAACACUUUAAACAAUACUAGUACAUUAGACGUUCUCACAAAAUUUGAAAGUACCUCUAUACCCCCUGAUACCACAGCUGCUGAGGUAACAUCUACAAUUCAAGAAAAUAAAAAUGUUACAGCCACCACUUUGGCUGGUAUAACAUCAGGUUCUAUAGAAUCUCAAACAUCAGUGGAGUCCACCACAUCAAUUGCUACAGCUGAGAUGCACACAACGGAAGGUUUCUCAACAACCAGUACAUCAGAGCAGGUUUCUACAAGUAGUGAGUCUAGUUCAGCAACAGCAAUCACAAAUAUUGUUACUAUGACUACUCCAGAGGUGCCUGCAAGCUCCACAGAUGCAUUUUCUUUUACCUCUCAUGAUUCCACAAGUGGUUCAAAAACCUCUCUUCCAAAGAGAACAACAACCUCUACUUUAACCUCUGGGUCUAAUGUUAUCUCUACUGCUGCAGAGGAAACUACGUCACCAGACAAUUCGCAGGAAAACUUUACAACCUCCAUAGCCUCAGAACAUAUUUCAAGCCAUGUAACAUCAGAUUCAGAAGUGGGUGUAACAAGUUCUUCUAUUACAAACACUCCAUUACAGACAAACACUUUAAACAAUACUAGUACAUUAGACGUUCUCACAAAAUUUGAAAGUACCUCUAUACCCCCUGAUACCACAGCUGCUGAGGUAACAUCUACAAUUCAAGAAAAUAAAAAUGUUACAGCCACCACUUUGGCUGGUAUAACAUCAGGUUCUAUAGAAUCUCAAACAUCAGUGGAGUCCACCACACCAAUUGCUACAGCUGAGAUGCACACAACGGAAGGUUUCUCAACAACCAGUACAUCAGAGCAGGUUUCUACAAGUAGUGAGUCUAGUUCAGCAACAGCAAUCACAAAUAUUGUUAGUAUGACUACUCCAAAGGUGACUCCAAGUUCCACAGACAUAUCUUCUUUCCCAUCCCAUGAAGCUGCAAGUGUUUCAGAAACCGCUGUUCCUAAUAAAACAAAAACCUCUACUUCAACCCCUGGUCCUAAUGUAAUUUCUACUGCAUCAGAAGAAACUACUUUAUCACAAAAGUUGGUGGAAAGUUUUACAACGUCUUUUGCAUCCGAACAUUCUUCAAGCACUGUAACAUCAGAUUCAGAAGGCGGUGUAACAAGCUCAUCAAUUACAAACACUCCAUUACAGACAACCACGUUAAUCCCUACUAGCACACCACGGGUUCUCACAAAAGUUGACAUUAUCUCCAUACCCCCUGAUGCUACAACUGCUGAGAUAACAUCUACAAUUCAAGAAAUCAAAAAUUCUACAGCCACCACGUUGGCUGGUAUAACACCAGGAUCUACAGAUUCUCAAACACCAGUGGAGUCCACAGCAUCAAUUGCUACAGCUGAGAAACGCACAACAGAAGGUUUCUCAACAACCAUUACAUCAGAAAAGAUACCUACAAGUAUUGAGCCAAGUUCAGAAACAGCAAUCACAAAUAUUGUUACUAUGAAUACUGCAAAGGUGCAUGCAAGCUCUACAGAUGAAUUUUCUUUUACAACUCAUGAUGCCACAAGUGCUUUAGAACCCUCUCUUUCCAAAAGACCAACAACCUCUAUUUUAACCCCUGGGUCUAAUGUUAUCUCUACUGCUGCAGAGGAAACUACGUCACCAGACAAUUCGCAGGAAAACUUUACAACCUCCAUAGCCUCAGAACAUAUUUCAACCCAUGUAACAUCAGAUUCAGAAGUGGGUGUAACAAAUUCUUCUAUUACAAACACUCCAUUUCAGACAAACACUUUAAACAAUACUAGUACAUUAGACGUUCUCACAAAAUUUGAAAGUACCUCUAUACCCCCUGGUACCACAGCUGCUGAGGUAACAUCUACAAUUCAAGAAAUUAAAAAUGUUACAGCCACCACUUUGGCUGGUAUAACAUCAGAUUCUAUAGAAUCUCAAACAUCAGUGGAGUCCACCACAUCAAUUGCUACAGCUGAGAUGCACACAACGGAAGGUUUCUCAACAAUCAUUACAUCAGAGCAGGUUUCUACAAGAAGUGAGUCUAGUUCAGCAACAGCAAUCACAAAUAUUGUUACUAUGACUACUCCAGAGGUGCCUGCAAGCUCCACAGAUGAAUUUUCGUUUACAUCUCAUGAUUCCACAAGUGGUUCAAAAACCUCUCUUCCGAAGAGAACAACAACCUCUACUUUAACCUCUGGGCCUAAUCUUAUCUCUAUUGCUGCAGUGGAAACUACGUUACCAGAAAAUUUGCAGGAAAACUUUACAACUUCCAUAACAUCAGAACAUGUUACUACAGAUAGAGAGUCAAGUUCAGAAACAGCAAUCACAGAUAUUGUUAGUAUGACUACUCCAAAGGUGACUCCAAGCUCCACAGACAUAUCUUCUUUCCCAUCCCAUGAAGCUGCAAGUGUUUCAGAAACCGCUGUUCCUAAUAAAACAACAACCUCUACUUCAACCCCUGGUCCUAAUGUAAUUUCUACUGCAUCAGAAGAAACUACUUUAUCACAAAAGUUGGUGGAAAGUUUUACAACGUCUUUUGCAUCCGAACAUUCUUCAAGCACUGUAACAUCAGAUUCAGAAGGCGGUGUAAUAAGCUCAUCAAUUACAAACACUCCAUUACAGACAACCACGUUAAUCCCUACUAGCACACCACGGGUUCUCACAAAAGUUGACAUUAUCUCCAUACCCCCUGAUGCUACAACUGCUGAGAUAACAUCUACAAUUCAAGAAAUCAAAAAUUCUACAGCCACCACGUUGGCUGGUAUAACACCAGGUUCUACAGAUUCUCAAACACCAGUGGAGUCCACAGCAUCAAUUGCUACAGCUGAGAAACGCACAACGGAAGGUUUCUCAACAACCAUUACAUCAGAAAAGAUACCUAUAAGUAUUGAGCCAAGUUCAGAAACAGCAAUCACAAAUAUUGUUACUAUGAAUACUGCAAAGGUGCAUGCAAGCUCUACAGAUGAAUUUUCUUUUACAACUCAUGAUGCCACAAGUGCUUUAGAACCCUCUCUUUCCAAAAGACCAACAACCUCUACUUUAACCCCUGGGUCUAAUGUUAUCUCUACUGCUGCAGAGGAAACUACGUCACCAGACAAUUCGCAGGAAAACUUUACAACCUCCAUAGCCUUAGAACAUAUUUCAAGCCAUGUAACAUCAGAUUCAGAAGUGGGUGUAACAAGUUCUUCUAUUACAAACACUCCAUUACAGACAAACACUUUAAACAAUACUAGUACAUUAGACGUUCUCACAAAAUUUGAAAGUACCUCUAUACCCCCUGAUACCACAGCUGCUGAGGUAACAUCUACAAUUCAAGAAAUUAAAAAUGUUACAGCCACCACUUUGGCUGGUAUAACAUCAGGUUCUAUAGAAUCUCAAACAUCAGUGGAGUCCACCACAUCAAUUGCUACAGCUGAGAUGCACACAACGGAAGGUUUCUCAACAACCAUUACAUCAGAGCAGGUUUCUACAAGAAGUGAGUCUAGUUCAGCAACAGCAAUCACAAAUAUUGUUACUAUGACUACUCCAGAGGUGCCUGCAAGCUCCACAGAUGAAUUUUCUUUUACAUCUCAUGAUUCCACAAGUGGUUCAAAAACCUCUCUUCCGAAGAGAACAACAACCUCUACUUUAACCUCUGGGCCUAAUCUUAACUCUAUUGCUGCAGUGGAAACUACGUUACCAGAAAAUUUGCAGGAAAACUUUACAACUUCCAUAACAUCAGAACAUGUUACUACAGGUAGAGAGUCAAGUUCAGAAACAGCAAUCACAAAUAUUGUUAGUAUGACUACUCCAAAGGUGACUCCAAGCUCCACAGACAUAUCUUCUUUCCCAUCCCAUGAAGCUGCAAGUGUUUCAGAAACCGCUGUUCCUAAUAAAACAACAACCUCUACUUCAACCCCUGGUCCUAAUGUAAUUUCUACUGCAUCAGAAGAAACUACUUUAUCACAAAAGUUGGUGGAAAGUUUUACAACGUCUUUUGCAUCCGAACAUUCUUCAAGCACUGUAACAUCAGAUUCAGAAGGCGGUGUAACAAGCUCAUCAAUUACAAACACUCCAUUACAGACAACCACGUUAAUCCCUACUAGCACACCAUGGGUUCUCACAAAAGUUGACAUUAUCUCCAUACCCCCUGAUGCUACAAUUGCUGAGAUAACAUCUACAAUUCAAGAAAUCAAAAAUUCUACAGCCACCACGUUGGCUGGUAUAACACCAGGUUCUACAGAUUCUCAAACACCAGUGGAGUCCACAGCAUCAAUUGCUACAGCUGAGAAACGCACAACGGAAGGUUUCUCAACAACCAUUACAUCAGAAAAGAUACCUACAAGUAUUGAACCAAGUUCAGAAACAGCAAUCACAAAUAUUGUUACUAUGAAUACUGCAAAGGUGCAUGCAAGCUCUACAGAUGAAUUUUCUUUUACAACUCAUGAUGCCACAAGUGCUUUAGAACCCUCUCUUUCCAAAAGACCAACAACCUCUACUUUAACCCCUGGGUCUAAUGUUAUCUCUACUGCUGCAGAGGAAACUACGUCACCAGACAAUUCGCAGGAAAACUUUACAACCUCCAUAGCCUCAGAACAUAUUUCAAGCCAUGUAACAUCAGAUUCAGAAGUGGGUGUAACAAGUUCUUCUAUUACAAACACUCCAUUACAGACAAACACUUUAAACAAUACUAGUACAUUAGACGUUCUCACAAAAUUUGAAAGUACCUCUAUACCCCCUGAUACCACAGCUGCUGAGGUAACAUCUACAAUUCAAGAAAUUAAAAAUGUUACAGCCACCACUUUGGCUGGUAUAACAUCAGGUUCUAUAGAAUCUCAAACAUCAGUGGAGUCCACCACAUCAAUUGCUACAGCUGAGAUGCACACAACGGAAGGUUUCUCAACAACCAUUACAUCAGAGCAGGUUUCUACAAGAAGUGAGUCUAGUUCAGCAACAGCAAUCACAAAUAUUGUUACUAUGACUACUCCAGAGGUGCCUGCAAGCUCCACAGAUGAAUUUUCUUUUACAUCUCAUGAUUCCACAAGUGGUUCAAAAACCUCUCUUCCAAAGAGAACAACAACCUCUACUUUAACCUCUGGGCCUAAUCUUAACUCUAUUGCUGCAGUGGAAACUACGUUACCAGAAAAUUUGCAGGAAAACUUUACAACUUCCAUAACAUCAGAACAUGUUACUACAGGUAGAGAGUCAAGUUCAGAAACAGCAAUCACAAAUAUUGUUAGUAUGACUACUCCAAAGGAGACUCCAAGCUCCACAGACAUAUCUUCUUUCCCAUCCCAUGAAGCUGCAAGUGUUUCAGAAACCGCUGUUCCUAAUAAAACAACAACCUCUACUUCAACCCCUGGUCCUAAUGUAAUUUCUACUGCAUCAGAAGAAACUACUUUAUCACAAAAGUUGGUGGAAAGUUUUACAACGUCUUUUGCAUCCGAACAUUCUUCAAGCACUGUAACAUCAGAUUCAGAAGGCGGUGUAACAAGCUCAUCAAUUACAAACACUCCAUUACAGACAACCACGUUAAUCCCUACUAGCACACCACGGGUUCUCACAAAAGUUGACAUUAUCUCCAUACCCCCUGAUGCUACAACUGCUGAGAUAACAUCUACAAUUCAAGAAAUCAAAAAUUCUACAGCCACCACGUUGGCUGGUAUAACACCAGGAUCUACAGAUUCUCAAACACCAGUGGAGUCCACAGCAUCAAUUGCUACAGCUGAGAAACGCACAACGGAAGGUUUCUCAACAACCAUUACAUCAGAAAAGAUACCUACAAGUAUUGAGCCAAGUUCAGAAACAGCAAUCACAAAUAUUGUUACUAUGAAUACUGCAAAGGUGCAUGCAAGCUCUACAGAUGAAUUUUCUUUUACAACUCAUGAUGCCACAAGUGCUUUAGAACCCUCUCUUUCCAAAAGACCAACAACCUCUACUUUAACCCCUGGGUCUAAUGUUAUCUCUACUGCUGCAGAGGAAACUACGUCACCAGACAAUUUGCAGGAAAACUUUACAACCUCCAUAGCCUCAGAACAUAUUUCAACCCAUGUAACAUCAGAUUCAGAAGUGGGUGUAACAAAUUCUUCUAUUACAAACACUCCAUUUCAGACAAACACUUUAAACAAUACUAGUACAUUAGACGUUCUCACAAAAUUUGAAAGUACCUCUAUACCCCCUGAUACCACAGCUGCUGAGGUAACAUCUACAAUUCAAGAAAUUAAAAAUGUUACAGCCACCACUUUGGCUGGUAUAACAUCAGGUUCUAUAGAAUCUCAAACAUCAGUGGAGUCCACCACAUCAAUUGCUACAGCUGAGAUGCACACAACGGAAGGUUUCUCAACAACCAUUACAUCAGAGCAGGUUUCUACAAGAAGUGAGUCUAGUUCAGCAACAGCAAUCACAAAUAUUGUUACUAUGACUACUCCAGAGGUGCCUGCAAGCUCCACAGAUGAAUUUUCUUUUACAUCUCAUGAUUCCACAAGUGGUUCAAAAACCUCUCUUCCGAAGAGAACAACAACCUCUACUUUAACCUCUGGGCCUAAUCUUAACUCUAUUGCUGCAGUGGAAACUACGUUACCAGAAAAUUUGCAGGAAAACUUUACAACUUCCAUAACAUCAGAACAUGUUACUACAGGUAGAGAGUCAAGUUCAGAAACAGCAAUCACAAAUAUUGUUAGUAUGACUACUCCAAAGGUGACUCCAAGCUCCACAGACAUAUCUUCUUUCCCAUCCCAUGAAGCUGCAAGUGUUUCAGAAACCGCUGUUCCUAAUAAAACAACAACCUCUACUUCAACCCCUGGUCCUAAUGUAAUUUCUACUGCAUCAGAAGAAACUACUUUAUCACAAAAGUUGGUGGAAAGUUUUACAACAUCUUUUGCAUCCGAACAUUCUUCAAGCACUGUAACAUCAGAUUCAGAAGGCGGUGUAACAAGCUCAUCAAUUACAAACACUCCAUUACAGACAACCACGUUAAUCCCUACUAGCACACCAUGGGUUCUCACAAAAGUUGACAUUAUCUCCAUACCCCCUGAUGCUACAACUGCUGAGAUAACAUCUACAAUUCAAGAAAUCAAAAAUUCUACAGCCACCACGUUGGCUGGUAUAACACCAGGAUCUACAGAUUCUCAAACACCAGUGGAGUCCACAGCAUCAAUUGCUACAGCUGAGAAACACACAACGGAAGGUUUCUCAACAACCAUUACAUCAGAAAAGAUACCUACAAGUAUUGAGCCAAGUUCAGAAACAGCAAUCACAAAUAUUGUUACUAUGAAUACUGCAAAGGUGCAUGCAAGCUCUACAGAUGAAUUUUCUUUUACAACUCAUGAUGCCACAAGUGCUUUAGAACCCUCUCUUUCCAAAAGACCAACAACCUCUACUUUAACCCCUGGGUCUAAUGUUAUCUCUACUGCUGCAGAGGAAACUACGUCACCAGACAAUUUGCAGGAAAACUUUACAACCUCCAUAGCCUCAGAACAUAUUUCAACCCAUGUAACAUCAGAUUCAGAAGUGGGUGUAACAAAUUCUUCUAUUACAAACACUCCAUUUCAGACAAACACUUUAAACAAUACUAGUACAUUAGACGUUCUCACAAAAUUUGAAAGUACCUCCAUACCCCCUGAUACCACAGCUGCUGAGGUAACAUCUACAAUUCAAGAAAUUAAAAAUGUUACAGCCACUACUUUGGCUGGUAUAACAUCAGGUUCUAUAGAAUCUCAAACAUCAGUGGAGUCCACCACAUCAAUUGCUACAGCUGAGAUGCACACAACGGAAGGUUUCUCAACAACCAUUACAUCAGAGCAGGUUUCUACAAGAAGUGAGUCUAGUUCAGCAACAGCAAUCACAAAUAUUGCUACUAUGACUACUCCAGAGGUGCCUGCAAGCUCCACAGAUGAAUUUUCUUUUACAUCUCAUGAUUCCACAAGUGGUUCAAAAACCUCUCUUCCGAAGAGAACAACAACCUCUACUUUAACCUCUGGGCCUAAUCUUAACUCUAUUGCUGCAGUGGAAACUACGUUACCAGAAAAUUUGCAGGAAAACUUUACAACUUCCAUAACAUCAGAACAUGUUACUACAGGUAGAGAGUCAAGUUCAGAAACAGCAAUCACAAAUAUUGUUAGUAUGACUACUCCAAAGGUGACUCCAAGCUCCACAGACAUAUCUUCUUUCCCAUCCCAUGAAGCUGCAAGUGUUUCAGAAACCGCUGUUCCUAAUAAAACAACAACCUCUACUUCAACCCCUGGUCCUAAUGUAAUUUCUACUGCAUCAGAAGAAACUACUUUAUCACAAAAGUUGGUGGAAAGUUUUACAACGUCUUUUGCAUCCGAACAUUCUUCAAGCACUGUAACAUCAGAUUCAGAAGGCGGUGUAACAAGCUCAUCAAUUACAAACACUCCAUUACAGACAACCACGUUAAUCCCUACUAGCACACCACGGGUUCUCACAAAAGUUGACAUUAUCUCCAUACCCCCUGAUGCUACAACUGCUGAGAUAACAUCUACAAUUCAAGAAAUCAAAAAUUCUACAGCCACCACGUUGGCUGGUAUAACACCAGGAUCUACAGAUUCUCAAACACCAGUGGAGUCCACAGCAUCAAUUGCUACAGCUGAGAAACGCACAACGGAAGGUUUCUCAACAACCAUUACAUCAGAAAAGAUACCUACAAGUAUUGAACCAAGUUCAGAAACAGCAAUCACAAAUAUUGUUACUAUGAAUACUGCAAAGGUGCAUGCAAGCACAAGGUGCAUGCAAGCUCUACAGAUGAAUUUUCUUUUACAACUCAUGAUGCCACAAGUGCUUUAGAACCCUCUCUUUCCAAAAGACCAACAACCUCUACUUUAACCCCUGGGUCUAAUGUUAUCUCUACUGCUGCAGAGGAAACUACGUCACCAGACAAUUCGCAGGAAAACUUUACAACCUCCAUAGCCUCAGAACAUAUUUCAACCCAUGUAACAUCAGAUUCAGAAGUGGGUGUAACAAGUUCUUCUAUUACAAACACUCCAUUACAGACAAACACUUUAAACAAUACUAGUACAUUAGACGUUCUCACAAAAUUUGAAAGUACCUCUAUACCCCCUGAUACCACAGCUGCUGAGGUAACAUCUACAAUUCAAGAAAUUAAAAAUGUUACAGCCACCACUUUGGCUGGUAUAACAUCAGGUUCUAUAGAAUCUCAAACAUCAGUGGAGUCCACCACAUCAAUUGCUACAGCUGAGAUGCACACAACGGAAGGUUUCUCAACAACCAUUACAUCAGAGCAGGUUUCUACAAGUAGUGAGUCUAGUUCAGCAACAGCAAUCACAAAUAUUGUUACUAUGACUACUCCAGAGGUGCCUGCAAGCUCCACAGAUGAAUUUUCUUUUACAUCUCAUGAUUCCACAAGUGGUUCAAAAACCUCUCUUCCAAAGAGAACAACAACCUCUACUUUAACCUCUGGGCCUAAUCUUAACUCUAUUGCUGCAGUGGAAACUACGUUACCAGAAAAUUUGCAGGAAAACUUUACAACUUCCAUAACAUCAGAACAUGUUACUACAGGUAGAGAGUCAAGUUCAGAAACAGCAAUCACAAAUAUUGUUAGUAUGACUACUCCAAAGGUGACUCCAAGCUCCACAGACAUAUCUUCUUUCCCAUCCCAUGAAGCUGCAAGUGUUUCAGAAACCGCUGUUCCUAAUAAAACAACAACCUCUACUUCAACCCCUGGUCCUAAUGUAAUUUCUACUGCAUCAGAAGAAACUACUUUAUCACAAAAGUUGGUGGAAAGUUUUACAACGUCUUUUGCAUCCGAACAUUCUUCAAGCACUGUAACAUCAGAUUCAGAAGGCGGUGUAACAAGCUCAUCAAUUACAAACACUCCAUUACAGACAACCACGUUAAUCCCUACUAGCACACCACGGGUUCUCACAAAAGUUGACAUUAUCUCCAUACCCCCUGAUGCUACAAUUGCUGAGAUAACAUCUACAAUUCAAGAAAUCAAAAAUUCUACAGCCACCACGUUGGCUGGUAUAACACCAGGAUCUACAGAUUCUCAAACACCAGUGGAGUCCACAGCAUCAAUUGCUACAGCUGAGAAACGCACAACGGAAGGUUUCUCAACAACCAUUACAUCAGAAAAGAUACCUACAAGUAUUGAACCAAGUUCAGAAACAGCAAUCACAAAUAUUGUUACUAUGAAUACUGCAAAGGUGCAUGCAAGCUCUACAGAUGAAUUUUCUUUUACAACUCAUGAUGCCACAAGUGCUUUAGAACCCUCUCUUUCCAAAAGACCAACAACCUCUACUUUAACCCCUGGGUCUAAUGUUAUCUCUACUGCUGCAGAGGAAACUACGUCACCAGACAAUUUGCAGGAAAACUUUACAACCUCCAUAGCCUCAGAACAUAUUUCAACCCAUGUAACAUCAGAUUCAGAAGUGGGUGUAACAAAUUCUUCUAUUACAAACACUCCAUUUCAGACAAACACUUUAAACAAUACUAGUACAUUAGACGUUCUCACAAAAUUUGAAAGUACCUCUAUACCCCCUGAUACCACAGCUGCUGAGGUAACAUCUACAAUUCAAGAAAUUAAAAAUGUUACAGCCACCACUUUGGCUGGUAUAACAUCAGGUUCUAUAGAAUCUCAAACAUCAGUGGAGUCCACCACAUCAAUUGCUACAGCUGAGAUGCACACAACGGAAGGUUUCUCAACAACCAUUACAUCAGAGCAGGUUUCUACAAGUAGUGAGUCUAGUUCAGCAACAGCAAUCACAAAUAUUGUUACUAUGACUACUCCAGAGGUGCCUGCAAGCUCCACAGAUGAAUUUUCUUUUACAUCUCAUGAUUCCACAAGUGGUUCAAAAACCUCUCUUCCGAAGAGAACAACAACCUCUACUUUAACCUCUGGGCCUAAUCUUAACUCUAUUGCUGCAGUGGAAACUACGUUACCAGAAAAUUUGCAGGAAAACUUUACAACUUCCAUAACAUCAGAACAUGUUACUACAGGUAGAGAGUCAAGUUCAGAAACAGCAAUCACAAAUAUUGUUAGUAUGACUACUCCAAAGGUGACUCCAAGCUCCACAGACAUAUCUUCUUUCCCAUCCCAUGAAGCUGCAAGUGUUUCAGAAACCGCUGUUCCUAAUAAAACAACAACCUCUACUUCAACCCCUGGUCCUAAUGUAAUUUCUACUGCAUCAGAAGAAACUACUUUAUCACAAAAGUUGGUGGAAAGUUUUACAACGUCUUUUGCAUCCGAACAUUCUUCAAGCACUGUAACAUCAGAUUCAGAAGGCGGUGUAACAAGCUCAUCAAUUACAAACACUCCAUUACAGACAACCACGUUAAUCCCUACUAGCACACCACGGGUUCUCACAAAAGUUGACAUUAUCUCCAUACCCCCUGAUGCUACAAUUGCUGAGAUAACAUCUACAAUUCAAGAAAUCAAAAAUUCUACAGCCACCACGUUGGCUGGUAUAACACCAGGUUCUACAGAUUCUCAAACACCAGUGGAGUCCACAGCAUCAAUUGCUACAGCUGAGAAACGCACAACGGAAGGUUUCUCAACAACCAUUACAUCAGAAAAGAUACCUACAAGUAUUGAGCCAAGUUCAGAAACAGCAAUCACAAAUAUUGUUACUAUGAAUACUGCAAAGGUGCAUGCAAGCUCUACAGAUGAAUUUUCUUUUACAACUCAUGAUGCCACAAGUGCUUUAGAACCCUCUCUUUCCAAAAGACCAACAACCUCUACUUUAACCCCUGGGUCUAAUGUUAUCUCUACUGCUGCAGAGGAAACUACGUCACCAGACAAUUCGCAGGAAAACUUUACAACCUCCAUAGCCUCAGAACAUAUUUCAAGCCAUGUAACAUCAGAUUCAGAAGUGGGUGUAACAAGUUCUUCUAUUACAAACACUCCAUUACAGACAAACACUUUAAACAAUACUAGUACAUUAGACGUUCUCACAAAAUUUGAAAGUACCUCUAUACCCCCUGAUACCACAGCUGCUGAGGUAACAUCUACAAUUCAAGAAAUUAAAAAUGUUACAGCCACCACUUUGGCUGGUAUAACAUCAGGUUCUAUAGAAUCUCAAACAUCAGUGGAGUCCACCACAUCAAUUGCUACAGCUGAGAUGCACACAACGGAAGGUUUCUCAACAACCAUUACAUCAGAGCAGGUUUCUACAAGAAGUGAGUCUAGUUCAGCAACAGCAAUCACAAAUAUUGUUACUAUGACUACUCCAGAGGUGCCUGCAAGCUCCACAGAUGAAUUUUCUUUUACCUCUCAUGAUUCCACAAGUGGUUCAAAAACCUUUCUUCCAAAGAGAACAACAACCUCUACUUUAACCUCUGGGCCUAAUCUUAACUCUAUUGCUGCAGUGGAAACUACGUUACCAGAAAAUUUGCAGGAAAACUUUACAACUUCCAUAACAUCAGAACAUGUUACAACAGGUAGAGAGUCAAGUUCAGAAACAGCAAUCACAAAUAUUGUUAGUAUGACUACUCCAAAGGUGACUCCAAGCUCCACAGACAUAUCUUCUUUCCCAUCCCAUGAAGCUGCAAGUGUUUCAGAAACCGCUGUUCCUAAUAAAACAACAACCUCUACUUCAACCCCUGGUCCUAAUGUAAUUUCUACUGCAUCAGAAGAAACUACUUUAUCACAAAAGUUGGUGGAAAGUUUUACAACGUCUUUUGCAUCCGAACAUUCUUCAAGCACUGUAACAUCAGAUUCAGAAGGCGGUGUAACAAGCUCAUCAAUUACAAACACUCCAUUACAGACAACCACGUUAAUCCCUACUAGCACACCACGGGUUCUCACAAAAGUGGACAUUAUCUCCAUACCCCCUGAUGCUACAACUGCUGAGAUAACAUCUACAAUUCAAGAAAUCAAAAAUUCUACAGCCACCACGUUGGCUGGUAUAACACCAGGAUCUACAGAUUCUCAAACACCAGUGGAGUCCACAGCAUCAAUUGCUACAGCUGAGAAACACACAACGGAAGGUUUCUCAACAACCAUUACAUCAGAAAAGAUACCUACAAGUAUUGAGCCAAGUUCAGAAACAGCAAUCACAAAUAUUGUUACUAUGAAUACUGCAAAGGUGCAUGCAAGCUCUACAGAUGAAUUUUCUUUUACAACUCAUGAUGCCACAAGUGCUUUAGAACCCUCUCUUUCCAAAAGACCAACAACCUCUACUUUAACCCCUGGUUCUAAUGUUAUCUCUACUUCUGCAGAGGAAACUACGUCACCAGACAAUUCGCAGGAAAACUUUACAACCUCCAAAGCCUCAGAACAUAUUUCAACCCAUGUAACAUCAGAUUCAGAAGUGGGUGUAACAAAUUCUUCUAUUACAAACACUCCAUUUCAGACAAACACUUUAAACAAUGCUAGUACAUUAGACGUUCUCACAAAAUUUGAAAGUACCUCUAUACCCCCUGGUACCACAGCUGCUGAGGUAACAUCUACAAUUCAAGAAAUUAAAAAUGUUACAGCCACCACUUUGGCUGGUAUAACAUCAGGUUCUAUAGAAUCUCAAACAUCAGUGGAGUCCACCACAUCAAUUGCUACAGCUGAGAUGCACACAACGGAAGGUUUCUCAACAAUCAUUACAUCAGAGCAGGUUUCUACAAGAAGUGAGUCUAGUUCAGCAAGAGCAAUCACAAAUAUUGUUACUAUGACUACUCCAGAGGUGCCUGCAAGCUCCACAGAUGAAUUUUCUUUUACAUCUCAUGAUUCCACAAGUGGUUCAAAAACCUCUCUUCCGAAGAGAACAACAACCUCUACUUUAACCUCUGGGCCUAAUAUUAACUCUAUUGCUGAAGUGGAAACUACGUUACCAGAAAAUUUGCAGGAAAACUUUACAACUUCCAUAACAUCAGAACAUGUUACUACAGGUAGAGAGUCAAGUUCAGAAACAGCAAUCACAAAUAUUGUUAGUAUGACUACUCCAAAGGAUACUCCAAGCUCCACAGACAUAUCUUCUUUCCCAUCCCAUGAAGCUGCAAGUGUUUCAGAAACCGCUGUUCCUAAUAAAACAACAACCUCUACUUCAACCCCUGGUCCUAAUGUAAUUUCUACUGCAUCAGAAGAAACUACUUUAUCACAAAAGUUGGUGGAAAGUUUUACAACGUCUUUUGCAUCCGAACAUUCUUCAAGCACUGUAACAUCAGAUUCAGAAGGCGGUGUAACAAGCUCAUCAAUUACAAACACUCCAUUACAGACAACCACGUUAAUCCCUACUAGCACACCCCGGGUUCUCACAAAAGUUGACAUUAUCUCCAUACCCCCUGAUGCUACAACUGCUGAGAUAACAUCUACAAUUCAAGAAAUCAAAAAUUCUACAGCCACCACGUUGGCUGGUAUAACACCAGGUUCUACAGAUUCUCAAACACCAGUGGAGUCCAGAGCAUCAAUUGCUACAGCUGAGAAACGCACAACGGAAGGUUUCUCAACAACCAUUACAUCAGAAAAGAUACCUACAAGUAUUGAACCAAGUUCAGAAACAGCAAUCACAAAUAUUGUUACUAUGAAUACUGCAAAGGUGCAUGCAAGCUCUACAGAUGAAUUUUCUUUUACAACUCAUGAUGCCACAAGUGCUUUAGAACCCUCUCUUUCCAAAAGACCAACAACCUCUACUUUAACCCCUGGGUCUAAUGUUAUCUCUACUGCUGCAGAGGAAACUACGUCACCAGACAAUUCGCAGGAAAACUUUACAACCUCCAUAGCCUCAGAACAUAUUUCAAGCCAUGUAACAUCAGAUUCAGAAGUGGGUGUAACAAGUUCUUCUAUUACAAACACUCCAUUACAGACAAACACUUUAAACAAUACUAGUACAUUAGACGUUCUCACAAAAUUUGAAAGUACCUCUAUACCCCAUGAUACCACAGCUGCUGAGGUAACAUCUACAAUUCAAGAAAAUAAAAAUGUUACAGCCACCACUUUGGCUGGUAUAACAUCAGGUUCUAUAGAAUCUCAAACAUCAGUGGAGUCCACCACAUCAAUUGCUACAGCUGAGAUGCACACAACGGAAGGUUUCUCAACAACCAGUACAUCAGAGCAGGUUUCUACAAGUAGUGAGUCUAGUUCAGCAACAGCAAUCACAAAUAUUGUUACUAUGACUACUCCAGAGGUGCCUGCAAGCUCCACAGAUGAAUUUUCUUUUACCUCUCAUGAUUCCACAAGUGGUUCAAAAACCUCUCUUCCAAAGAGAACAACAACCUCUACUUUAACCUCUGGGUCUAAUGUUAUCUCUACUGCUGCAGAGGAAACUACGUCACCAGACAAUUCGCAGGAAAACUUUACAACCUCCAUAGCCUCAGAACAUAUUUCAAGCCAUGUAACAUCAGAUUCAGAAGUGGGUGUAACAAGUUCUUCUAUUACAAACACUCCAUUACAGACAAACACUUUAAACAAUACUAGUACAUUAGACGUUCUCACAAAAUUUGAAAGUACCUCUAUACCCCCUGAUACCACAGCUGCUGAGGUAACAUCUACAAUUCAAGAAAAUAAAAAUGUUACAGCCACCACUUUGGCUGGUAUAACAUCAGGUUCUAUAGAAUCUCAAACAUCAGUGGAGUCCACCACACCAAUUGCUACAGCUGAGAUGCACACAACGGAAGGUUUCUCAACAACCAGUACAUCAGAGCAGGUUUCUACAAGUAGUGAGUCUAGUUCAGCAACAGCAAUCACAAAUAUUGUUACUAUGACUACUCCAGAGGUGCCUGCAAGCUCCACAGAUGAAUUUUCUUUUACCUCUCAUGAUUCCACAAGUGGUUCAAAAACCUCUCUUCCAAAGAGAACAACAACCUCUACUUUAACCUCUGGGCCUAAUCUUAACUCUAUUGCUGCAGUGGAAACUACGUUACCAGAAAAUUUGCAGGAAAACUUUACAACUUCCAUAACAUCAGAACAUGUUACUACAGGUAGAGAGUCAAGUUCAGAAACAGCAAUCACAAAUAUUGUUAGUAUGACUACUCCAAAGGUGACUCCAAGCUCCACAGACAUAUCUUCUUUCCCAUCCCAUGAAGCUGCAAGUGUUUCAGAAACCGCUGUUCCUAAUAAAACAACAACCUCUACUUCAACCCCUGGUCCUAAUGUAAUUUCUACUGCAUCAGAAGAAACUACUUUAUCACAAAAGUUGGUGGAAAGUUUUACAACGUCUUUUGCAUCCGAACAUUCUUCAAGCACUGUAACAUCAGAUUCAGAAGGCGGUGUAACAAGCUCAUCAAUUACAAACACUCCAUUACAGACAACCACGUUAAUCCCUACUAGCACACCAUGGGUUCUCACAAAAGUUGACAUUAUCUCCAUACCCCCUGAUGCUACAACUGCUGAGAUAACAUCUACAAUUCAAGAAAUCAAAAAUUCUACAGCCACCACGUUGGCUGGUAUAACACCAGGAUCUACAGAUUCUCAAACACCAGUGGAGUCCACAGCAUCAAUUGCUACAGCUGAGAAACACACAACGGAAGGUUUCUCAACAACCAUUACAUCAGAAAAGAUACCUACAAGUAUUGAGCCAAGUUCAGAAACAGCAAUCACAAAUAUUGUUACUAUGAAUACUGCAAAGGUGCAUGCAAGCUCUACAGAUGAAUUUUCUUUUACAACUCAUGAUGCCACAAGUGCUUUAGAACCCUCUCUUUCCAAAAGACCAACAACCUCUACUUUAACCCCUGGGUCUAAUGUUAUCUCUACUGCUGCAGAGGAAACUACGUCACCAGACAAUUUGCAGGAAAACUUUACAACCUCCAUAGCCUCAGAACAUAUUUCAACCCAUGUAACAUCAGAUUCAGAAGUGGGUGUAACAAAUUCUUCUAUUACAAACACUCCAUUUCAGACAAACACUUUAAACAAUACUAGUACAUUAGACGUUCUCACAAAAUUUGAAAGUACCUCUAUACCCCCUGAUACCACAGCUGCUGAGGUAACAUCUACAAUUCAAGAAAUUAAAAAUGUUACAGCCACCACUUUGGCUGGUAUAACAUCAGGUUCUAUAGAAUCUCAAACAUCAGUGGAGUCCACCACAUCAAUUGCUACAGCUGAGAUGCACACAACGGAAGGUUUCUCAACAACCAUUACAUCAGAGCAGGUUUCUACAAGAAGUGAGUCUAGUUCAGCAACAGCAAUCACAAAUAUUGUUACUAUGACUACUCCAGAGGUGCCUGCAAGCUCCACAGAUGAAUUUUCUUUUACAUCUCAUGAUUCCACAAGUGGUUCAAAAACCUCUCUUCCGAAGAGAACAACAACCUCUACUUUAACCUCUGGGCCUAAUCUUAACUCUAUUGCUGCAGUGGAAACUACGUUACCAGAAAAUUUGCAGGAAAACUUUAUCAGAACUUCCAGUUAA